GGGGGGAUGCGCGGAGUUUUGGGGUGUUUGGGGGCUCUGCCCUGCAGGAAAAGGGGUGUCAGAGAUUUAGGUGGAUUUUGGGGAUUUCAGAGGUUUAAGGUGUUUUUUUGGGGUGUUAGAGGUUUAAGGUGUUAUUUUGGGGUGUUUGUGGGCACGGUGUAGGAGGGGCAGAGCAGAGCUUUGUUUUCGGGGGGAUUUGGGGUGUUUGAGGCUCUGCCCUGAAGGAGCAGAAGCAAAAUUUGGGGGGGAUUUGGGGUUUUUGGGGCUGUGCUCUUUGAAAGGAUCUCAGCCCUGGGGGCCACAAUGAGGCUCAAGGUUUUUGAGGGGAUUUGGGGUGUUCGGGGCUAUGCCCUGAAUGAGCAGGGACAAAAUUUUGGGGUUCAUUUGAGAAGAUUUGGGGUCUUUAGGGCAGCAGCCCCAGGGACGCACACAGAGCUUUGGAGGCUUUAUUUGAGGGGUGUUUGGGGGCCCAGCCCUGGGCACAGGGACAGAGAUUUGGGGUAUUUAAGGAGGAUUUAGGGUGUCUGGGGGCACAGCCCCAGGGCCACACAGAGUUUGGGGAUAUUUCAGCGGAUUUGGGGGCACAUACAGCAGGAUUCAGGGUGUUUAUUUGGUGUUUUGGGGGGCACAGCCCCAGAGGUGUUUGAGGAUGAUUUCGGGUGUUUGUGGUCACACACACGCAGAGGUUCAGGGGAUUUUUGGGCGCGCACACAGCGAGGCUCGGGGGGUUUCUCGGGGGGUUCCGGGGCUCACCGCGGCGCUGUCCGGCGCAGGCGGGUCGCGAUGGUGAAGCUGUUCAUCGGGAACCUGCCGCGGGAGGCGACGGAGCAGGAGAUCCGCUCCCUGUUCGAGCAGUACGGGAAGGUGCUGGAGUGCGACAUCAUCAAGAACUACGGCUUCGUGCACAUCGAGGACAAGACGGCGGCCGAGGACGCCAUCCGCAACCUGCACCACCACAAGCUGCACGGCGUCUGCAUCAACGUGGAGGCCAGCAAGAACAAGAGCAAGGCCUCCACCAAGCUGCACGUGGGCAACAUCAGCCCCGCCUGCACCAACCUGGAGCUGCGCGCCAAGUUCGAGGAGUACGGCCCCGUCAUCGAGUGCGACAUCGUCAAGGACUACGCCUUCGUGCACAUGGAGCGGGCCGAGGAUGCCGUGGAGGCCAUCCGGGGGCUGGACGCCACCGCCGCGGCCGCCGCCGCGUCCUCCACGUAUUACACCCGGGACAGGAGCCCCCUGCGCCGCACGGCCGCCGCGGCCAGCACCGUCGGAGAGGCGUACACGUACGAGCGUGGGCAGCUGUCGCCCGUCUCCUCGGUGGCCCGGGCGUCCCUCUACGACAUGCAGCGCUUCGGGCGGGACCCGUACGCGGACCGGGCGCGAUACUCCGCCUUUUGAGCCGGAGGUGAGCGCGUUGGCGGCUCUCGGCACCGCGGGAGGGCCCCGCUGCCGGUGGUCCCGGUUGUGCUGGUCGAGCUCGAGGCGGGUGACGGGUCCCAGUGCCACGGACAGCUCCCGCGGGCGUUAAAGCCCGACCGUGGCGAGGAGGUGCCGUGGUGAGCGGGGCGGCGCCGGUGUCGCUCUCACGGCCGUAACUCGCGCUCUUGCUGGGCCGGGCGCCGUCCCAGCACAGUCCCCAUGGGGCGGGGGGUUCCCACAGAGCCCCUGGCCUGGGGGCAGCUCCUACCCAGGUCCCGGCGGGCCGAGGGUCCCGGUGGGCCGGAGCCCCACCGCUGCUCCACGUCAGGACUCUGUUGCUGCUAGGAAGCCGCAGCUCCCCAGGGCUCCGGGGCUCAGCAGGGUUCCACAUCAGCCCCGGGGGCACCUGCGCCAACUCCUCUUUUCUCUUACAGGUAAGAUUUGUGCGGCUGGACGUCGGGGUCCCGUCGCACGCCGACUCGGCGCCGCGCGUCUCGGGCCGCGCCGGGUGCCUCCGCCGCCGCGUGCCGCUCCCGGGCCCAUUCCUUACGGACGCGCGGCUCGUCCUCAGCCCGGGCAGGAUUAGCUCAGCCCCUCCCUCAGCUCCCCCCGCCCCCCUGGGCAGGAUUUUGCUUUUCCAGGUAGUUUUGGGUCCCCACCCCGGGCUCAGGUGUGAGCACGCAGCCGUAGCCAUAGCCGCCCCCCAGCGCCAGCUUUGCUUUGCUUCGCCGCCCCCUCGCUCCCCCGGAGCUCUUCCCGAGUCGUCGUUUUGCCUUUUUUUUUUUUUUUCUUUUUUUUUUCCUUUAUUUUUUAAGAGGGUGGAUAAUCCAGUGGUAGGUUUUUAGCCCAACGCCGUAGCUGACCGGAGGCCGCCGCGCCGGCGGGGGUGGAAUCCACCGAGUGAUUUAGAGCCCCCCGACCCCACUUUCCGGUAAAAUAAAACUCAAAAUUUUUAACAAA